CGCUGCAGCGAGCGGCAUCGGUGGCCAUAUUUGUUGCAUUUGACGUUUUAUUAAUUUUCGGUGGUGGUCGUUGUUGCGUGUAAUUUGCAUUAUCCAUUCUUGUGAGUAGUAGAAGUGCUGUUAAAUUAUUUUAAUCGUUACAUUGCAUCUGUGUAACUAUGGCGAACCGUAGACCUCAAAGUAACAGCGGGCGUCGCAUGGAUUUCCAACGCAAUGAUCGCGGAAAGAACUUCGGGCGCAGCGGCGUCUCGCCAUGGCAGGGCGGCGGCCCCGGUGGUGGCUUGCCUAACCUGCUGCCUCUCUCGGGAGGCUCCACGGAAGCCACGCUCGCGCUCGCCAGCAACAUUAUCAACCUGCUGCAGCCGCGGCAGAACCCUGUCCCCUCGCUCCUCGACAUGCCUAUAAGACGGGACUUCGGUCCCAACAUGGGUCGGUAUGACCGCGGUUAUGGCCCUAGCAGGAUGGGCAAUCAAGGUAAUUUCCGGCGUACGGGAACUUACAAUCGCUCCGGUGAGCGUGUCAACAACAAUCGUAAACCGUAUAGGCCCAAUGAUGGGCAAAGGCAACAAAACAAGAGUUCCCCGAAAAAGGAGGCCGAUUCAAAGGCUAAACCUGUUAAGGAGAGCAAAGCUUCACGUACUGAGACGGAAGAGAACAACGAUGCUGACUCUACCGAUCAGAAGGAUAAGGAAAAGGGUGAGGACACGAAGAAGGAGACUCCUAAGACCCGUUACGAUGACAUCAACCCUCAGCUGCUGAAGUGUCAUAUCUGUAACAAGAGCAUGUGGGAUGGGAGGUCGUUUGAGAACCAUCUCAGUGGUCGGGCCCAUGCUAUCAUGAUGACGAAGACUGCGGAGAGCUAUGCGCUUACUGCUGAUACUAUGAGGCAGGAGUUUAAGAUCCGCGAAAUGAAACGCACCCGCAAAGCCGGUCAGCAGCCAGCCCGGGACUUCUACUGCGCCAUGUGUGACAUGUACGCAGCCGAUGGGGCCAUACAUCGCACCACCGUCGGCCAUCGCAAGCUCAAGAAGUACCUCCACCCGACCUGCACGUCCUGCCAUAAGGAGAUGCCGACCAGGAUCGAGCUGGAUGAGCAUCGGCUGACUGCGGAACAUUUGAGGAAUAUGCAGGAUAAGCAGGAGAUUAUUACGAAGCCAAAGCCUGAAGUGAUGGUGAUCUCAACCCUGAACAUGGAACAGCUGUACUUACGCGAGGACAGGCAGCGCCGUCGUCGCAACGAUGACAAGACUGACGAGAAGGAGCCCGAGGAUCAUGACGCUAAACAAGGAGACGGAGACAACCAGGAGGGAGCAGAGAAGAAGGAAGAUGGAGAGUCCAAACCGGAGGGCGAAGAGAAGAAACUGCACUCCAUUGACCAUGAGAACACCAUACUGGACUACAAGGAGGGUGAUGACCUCACUGGAACUACCCAGGAUAUGUUCCCGGCUUACAGUACUGAGCGUGGCGUCGGCGGUUCAUUCCUGUCGGAGUUCCGCUGCGUGCAGUGCAGCCUGUGCCGCAAGCUGCUGGACAGCGAGGAGACGGCGCAGGUCCACCUCCGCACCUGGAGGCACCACCAGCUCUUCACCCGCCUGCUGGCCGAGAAGAGCGGCACACAACUGCCAUACCCGUACCCGAUUACAGGAAAGUCGGGCAGUGACGGCAACAAGAGGGCGCAUAACUCUGAGGAUGCGGGCGAGGGAGACGCCAAGAGGCGCAAGACUGAUGAUCAGGAACAGAACGGACAUGAUGAUGCUGAUGACAAUGAUGUUAAAGAUGAGACUAUUGAGAAUAAUGGCGAGGAAUCUAAAGAUGGCGACACUGACGCUCCCAUAGCCGAUGACCUUGAAAACUGGGAGCAGACUGUCGAUGAGAUCCUUGAGGAUGAACACGAUACCUCUGGAAAUCAAGAAACAGAACAACAACCAGAGCCAGUUCCCGAAGAAGUUCCAGUAGAGGAACCGGUGAAGCCUGUUGAGAUUGAGAAGCCCAAGACUCCACCAGCAGUUACCGCCGUCGCUGAGGAGAAGCCACGAGGAUCCCCGCGCGGAAGAGGCCGUGGACGCGGCAGAGGACGUGGAAGAUAUUAAUUUUCUUGUGCAUAGUUAGCGCCAUAUAAGUUUGUGUGUGUGAAGUUAGCUGGUUAAGUCAUCAGGCAUACUCAGACGUACAGCAGGUUAGAGUCCAGUUACUGCCUUCUUAUCGUCCACUGCUGGGCUCAGACUUUCUCUCUCAUGGAGAAGGAUUGAGCGUUAAUCUCUUUGAAUAAGCAGUAAAAAAUCUUGUCAGAUCUCUUUACACAAAUAAACUACCUACUGCUUAAAAUUAUGUAUAGUUAUACUGCAUGAUAUCUUUUGAAAGGAAAGUGGAGUUUACUGUGGCUGCAGGGUGUCGGGGUCCUCCUUAUCUGGCGGGCCAGUACCUGUCGGGGGUGCGGAAGAAUGUUUCGGCAAUACCCGUGCCCUCGACAACAGGUAAUUGGAGGCAACACCAGAGUUUGACACACCCCAGUUCAGAUCUAACUAGAUAUUGGCUAACUUCAGAAUGGCACUAUUAUUUGGCGCGAACUUCACUUGUAUAGAUUAUACUGCUUUUUUAUGUCUCUACUAUGCAUGAAUAAUGUGUUAUUGUCAAUAUCGGGCUAACAAUAGCUCGAGCUAGAAACACAGACCCUUCUUACUUAUAGAACAAAUAUGGUUCUGGGUUAAAAUUUCGGCUCGUAUUUGUUGUCAACAUCAAAUUUUUCACUUUUUUAUCUUAAUAUUUUCAGAUAUUGUGUACUAAUUAAUUUCAAUGAGUUAAUUAAAAUAGAGCAGCAAUUUAGUGCUAGCUGGCUAGUGUGUAUUUAUACAAAAAAGCUCAGUAAAUUCUUGUAGUACAUGAUUGUCAAUUUUCAAACAAUACAUUUAUAAUCUUAAAUAAGUGUUAAUGAAAUAUUCAAAAGUAUGUUAAAUUAUUUAGAAAUACAAUAAGUUCUUUUUGUAAUUAUUCGUUUGACUUAUAAAUUCAAGAUUGAUUUGUCAAGAACUUAUUUUCGAGAAUGGGGUUGUUUUGAAUUUCCAUCGUUUAUUCCUAGCCGAUGUUAUACUGUGGCUUCAGUCAAAUAAAUAAUGAUAUACUACAUACUUGUGUUUAUCAGAUUUGUGUAACUUACACGAAAGUGGAUGAUAUUUUCAUUUUAUUGUCGAUUUUUCAAUCACCACAUAACUAUCUGAAGAAUAUUUUUGCUUUUGUAUAGAAAAUAUAUCAAACCGCUUUAGUUAUUCCUCAGAUAGAAGCUAACUGAUGAUUGAAAACUGGGCCCUUAUUAAUAGUUAAGGCAACAUAGUAUCUAGCUAGAAAUUUCUUAGAAUAUUAUCUCCAAGUUAGUUUUAUGUCAACUAGUAUAUUACCUUUGGGUAUAACAGAUUUGUAAAAACAUGUUUACUUGAAAAAGUUAAAAUAAGUACUGAAUCAUUAUAUUAAAUCUUUUAGGACUGAUUCUAAAUUAUUUAGCUAUAUUUACUAGGUAAUAGUUUUGUUUUACAUAUUGUAUGGUUUUUUUUUGUUUCUUCUAUCAUAAACUGAUUACAUGAUAAUCAAUUUUGAAUGUUCAUAAUAGCUGUUUUCAAGUUCAUACUUUCACCUACUGCUAGUGCACAAUUAUAAAAUUAAUAUAUUUCUAGCAUUCUAGGCAAAAAAACUAAUCAAGACUUGAUUGUAUCUCAAAAUUCUUUAGCAAUUGUAGGAAAUUAGAUAAAUAGGAUUUAGACUUGCUUAUUUCUAAUAGAAUUUUCUUAUUGCUUUUCCAAAUGCUUAUAUUAUAAAUUGGGUUCUUGUAAAUUUUGGAAUUGCAAGUUUGGUAGCAGUUCUACGUUAAUAGUAUUUUGUAAAUGUUCUAUUUGCAAUAUUGUUAUCCACCCUUUUUCUGAACUGUACUGUAAUGUGUAUUGCAACUCUUCCAAUAAAGAUAAUCAGUAAAUAUCAGAAA